AGAAAAAUGUAAAAAGAUGAUGAAAAAUAUAAUAUUUGUUCUUUUUUCUACUCUUCACAUACAUCAGACAACAUCCUUCACACUACAGAUAAAAAAGUUUGAAUUUCCUGCCCUCCCAGAAAUGCAGAUGAAUUUCAUACCUAAACCUGCCAAGCUUCAACAGAUGGAGAAAUUCACCGUUCCCGAGGUUCAUCUCGAAGAGAUGGUUCGAGGACCUGACAAUAAUAUACUCGAACUCUUCCUAGAGCUUAACUUCGAUUACUCAGACCUGGUUCCGCCGGUAAAAUCAUUGUAUUUCCGUGUCCCUAUGGUAAUGGAUAAAUACUCCAGAACUCCUUGAUUUUAGGUACAGUGAAUGAUCUAGUGUACCUGACAAGAGCUGCCUAUCUCCCCUCAACCGUCCUCAAGAUUUUUUUCAAAAUAGUCAUAUUGUCGUUCUUUCUUUAAACUCUAUCUCUCUAAACUUAAUAAAUGAGUAUAUCAAACAUUUAAUAAAUAUAGAUUUUUAACAUUUAUGAUUUUAACAUGCAAAAAAAAUGUUGAAAAUGUAAUGAACAUAUAUAACUAUUAAAAAAACUGUAAUUUUAAACUAUCUUGAUGUCAUUGCUGUUGAAUCGUAUAAUAAAAAAGUGUAAUUUAA